AUGAAUUCAUAUAAAAAAUAUGAUGUGGCUUCACAUAAAAUUUAUGAUGUUAUUUUAAUUGGUGGUGGUUUAUUCAAUUGCUGCUUGUAUUAUUAUUUAAAAUUAAAAAAUUCUGAACUGUCCAUAAUAAUAAUAGAAAAAGAAGAAAAGUUAGGAGGGUAUAUAAAGACAUAUACAUAUAAUAUGGAUGAUAAAAAGAUAUUAGUAGAGUUAGGUCCGAAUAUGUUUAAAUUAUGUAAUGAAAGUUAUAAUUUAAUUAAUAAACUUAAUUUACUUUCUAGUGUUAGAUUAUUAGAUGAUAAACUUAUAAAAUAUAUAUAUAAUAAAAAACAUCAUAAAUUAUAUCCUUUGUAUUUAAAUAUAUUUUCUUAUUUAUCUUUCCCUUUAAUAAAUAUUUCAAAUAAAAUUAAAUUACUCUUCAAAUUAAUAUUUAAACAAUAUAAAAAUUUAAAUUCAUAUAUAAAUGAUAUAUCUGUUGAAAAUUAUAUGAAAGAUAAUUUCGAUUCACAACAUUAUAAUUUUUUACUUUUGCCUUUUAUAUAUGGCUCGUGUGCAGGCAAUGGACAAAUAUCUGCACUUUCCUUCUUUUCAAGAAAUUUAAAGCUCUUUAAUAAUAAAGUGAAUUCUUUAUAUAUAUGGAAUGAUAAAAUUAAAAGGGAGAACCAAAAUACAAAUACAAAUACAAAUACGAAUACAAAUACACAAUGUGUUAAUAAUAAUUCUCUUAUUUAUCAACAUUUGAAUAAUAAAAAAAAAAAAAAAUUUUAUUUAUUUACACCAUGUUUUAAUUUAUUUUACCUUUCAAAUAAUAACUCAAAAAUGUUUCUAUAUAUAAAUGCCUUAUACAAUUAUUACUAUUCCUCAAAUAAGAAGACAAAACAAAAAAAUCUAUUGAAUUAUAUUUGUUACAAUAUUAAUAUUUUGUUGUUAUAUAUGAAACAAUUUUAUAUUAAUAUAUUUAGUCAUAUUUCUAUAUUUUUAAAAUGUACAUACAAACUUUUUUACCCUUUUUUAAUGUUACCUGAUCUAGCCAAAUGGACUAGCCAUAUUGAUGAAGAUGAUGAAAAAAAAAAAAAAAAAAAAAAAAAUUUAAUUGGAAAAACUAUUAGCUUUAAAAAUGGUUUAUAUGAAUUAAUAGAUAAAUUAAAAAGUCAUAUGAAUAAAGAUUAUAUAUUUACAAAUCAUGAAGUAGAUUUUAUUGAAAAGGCUUAUAAUGAUUUAUGGAUGUGUAACAUCAAACAUGAAAAGCAAAAUAAGACAAUAUAUGGUAAAAACAUAGUUUUAACUGUAAAUUCGAAAAUAUGUUCUAAUAUUAUGAGAAAGAUUUUACCGAUUAACAUAAGAGAUAUACUUUUAAAUUUUCCAUAUUCCAAUAUUAUAAGUAUAUCAUUAUAUUAUAAGAAAAAUGAUAUAAAUAUUCCUAACAACUUUUUUGGCUUUUUAUCAUCUGAUAAAUGUGCACAUAUCUUGGGAUGUUUUUAUAUUAAUAACAUGUUUAAAGAAAGAUGUAAUGAUGAUAAUACAGUAUUGUUAACAUUAUAUAUGGGUGGAUCAAAUCAUCCAAAUGAUAUUACUUUAGAUGAAAAUGAAAUUAAAGAAAUAAUUUCAAAAGAUUUAAGAAACAUAUUUGACAUAAAUAAUGAUGCACAACCUAAUAUUUUAAAAAUACAUAAAUGGAAUGAAGCAAUACCAUUUUAUUCAUAUAAUUACGAGAAACUCUUAAAAAUAUUUUUGGAUGAAUUAAAUAAAUCCUCUUAUAAAAAUUUGUAUGUCGAUUCUGGAUGGAUAACUGGAACAUCCAUAUCGGACAGGAUAAGAUCUGCACAGGAUUUGUGCGAAUAUAUCUUUUAUCAUGCGACUGAUCAAUCACAAUAA